GGGGCAGGCAGCAUAUGCCUUGGUCAGCUGGUUCAUGCACAUGUGGUCUACAAGCAAGAAACGGUGUCUGUGCCGGAGAGAGAAAUGUCCGCUCUUAUCGGUCCAUCUCUAUCCUCCAAUUCCCACCAACGACGUAGUAGACCAUUUCUGUCAUCUCAGUCCCAAACCAAGCUUCCUCCAUACUUGAGGUUGGCUAGAGGGGGAGGGAAUCAAAGCUGUCGGUGUGAAGAUCUCUGUUCGGUCCUCCGCCACCAUGGCUGUGAUUCCGAGAAUCGGGCCAUUGUUUUUGCCGGGUCGGAUUACGACGAACCUGGCUUCUUGCAAAACUCUAAUCCUGAUUAUUGGAAUCUUCCAUGUAACGGCGACAGCAAAAACCACCAGCCAUGCAGAUGUGCCCAGUAGCUUGACGCGCUGUACUGCCUGAUGGUAGUAGUAUGCUUGGCUGUGGCUAUGUCAUCGACCUAUCAAGCAAACAUCUAGCUGCACUUGGUUCCCACAGGCGAUACUGCUUCUGCAUGCACAAAGUCUGGUGUGUCUGCACAUGAUGACAGUGCCAGCGGUUGUGGUAUUUCGGCG